AUGACGACCAUAAUCCGCAAGGAAAACACGGCGACGUCUCAAGACAAAGAAACCUCGAAAGAAAAGCAGCCUCUGAACAAGGAGAAGAGUUCUGCUAUGGAGAUCGACGAGAUCGACCCAGAAUGCUCGGAAGUUACCCCGACACGCCCUUCCACACCGGAAAUCAAGAUCUUAUCGAAGGAAGAUCAAGUCAAACUCCGGGAGAGUCAGAAGGCUCUUCAGAAACUCAUCGACAACGAAGAGAUAGAGAGUUAUGUGAAGGGUUGGAACCCAUGGGAAGAAAAGAAGAUACAUUUCCCCUCUCCACCCAAAAAGAAUCUUAUGAAGUUCAAACGGAACGAGCCCGGCAAGAAGCAAAGCUCAAGCUCGACCAACUUCUCCGACCCCGCCAAAUGGAAGAAGGUGACGGACCUCCUCCAAAUGGCUUCCGGGCUAUACCAGAACGUCUAA